UAAUAGCUGAUAAUAACACGUUUGUUGAUAUAAUUUUAACAUGAUCUUAUGAGGAAAAGAAGUCUGUGCUGAGAUGUGUAGAAUAGAUGAAGUUCUGGUAGGUGUAAGAUGACACCACCAGUUGCAAGUUGAAAGUGCUCGGCUGAGAGGUUCAACCCCGCCUGUGAGGGAGAGUGAGCCCAUGACUAUCGGGCUCGAAGUCAUGUGUCCACACCACGGGGAAAAUUGGGAGCAAAUGUGGAUGACGUGAAUCUUCAUUGAACUCAACCUGUGAUUACUAUCAGCACUUUAUUGCCCAUGUGUGUUGUCUUACCAGACAUGCACUUUUAAAUUUUCCUGGAGCAUAAAGACUGCUAGUGUUUCAAACACAGGCCAGCGGGUGACCUUUGCCAUCCCUUCCCAGAACAGCCAUCCUGGAGUACAGGAAUCGUCAAAGCAGAAGUAUGGAUGGUGAAGUGGGACCAAGGAACCAGAGGUCUGAGAGUCCUCUGAGCCAGCUGACAGGGUUGGGAAUGAGCUGUCUCCUCAGCCCGAAGUAUCGCCACUGCGGACCUGGCCUUGCUAGUCCCCAGGAAUACAACCAGUGGCUACCAUACCGCCAUGAUGCCAGCCUACUGCCUAUGAAAGAAGACCUGGCUCUUUGGCUCAACACCAUCAUGGGUGUGGAUAUCACCGCUGACACUCUAAUGGACAGACUGGACAACGGCAUUGUUCUUUGUCAACUGGCCCAGUUUCUCCAGGAAAAAAUGAGCCACAGCAAUAAUGGAAAGCCCUUCACCAGAAGAGUGAUCCAUUGGCGAGCUGAUGCAACUUCAGGAUCUUUUUUUGCCAGAGACAACACGGCCAACUUCCUCUACUGGUGCCGCAAGAUUGGCAUUGACAGGGCCCACCUUUUCGAAUCUGAGGAUUUAGUCCUCCAUAAGCAACCCCGGGAAGUGUGCCUGUGCCUGAUGGCGCUGGGACGCAUGGCCGCCAGGUAUGGCGUUGAGCCUCCAGGCCUGGUGAAGUUAGAGAGAGAGACAGAGAGGGAAGAAGGAGAGAGUACCUCUCCAUUGUCCACGCUACCCUUCUCCUUUUUUCCAACCCCGGAGCUUUGCUCACAAUCGCAUUCAAGCAAGUCCCCGACCCCACCCCCUCCCUCUCCACCAGUGCCCCUCACUCCAAGCUCCAUCUGUCUCUCUGAAGCACACAUCUCACCCUUCGCGUCUGAUCUUCCAUCAGCCACUGCGGACCCAAUGCCCACGUGUUUCCUGCAGUCCUUCCUCUCAGCUCCCAAACGCUGCACAACCACAGCUUCAACACAAACGCCUUUGUGCUCCACUGGCACAUCUGCAGCCUCCAAAGGCCAAACGCAAGUGGCCAUUGCGGCAAGACCCCCAACACCUUGCCACCUGAACCGUCACUCCAGCAAAUCCACUAUCCGACAGAGCACCGGCACCAGCAACAUUUUGGAUGACACUGUGAGAAACAUUAUUGAAAAUCCACCCUGCAGCUGUCCAACGAGGUUCCCUGUUGAAAAGCAGCCAAGAAGCUGUUAUCGUGUGGGGGAAAAAGUUCUUUAUAUACGGAUGCUGAAUGAGCGUCACGUGAUGGUGCGUGUGGGUGGAGGCUGGGAGACUUUUUUGAGCUACCUCCAGAAGCACGACCCCUGCAGAGGAAGACCAGCGAGCAGAACUGAAAUCCGGGGCUGUCGGGACAAAGUCAAGCCUCUCAAUUCGAACAUGUCACCUGACAGCUACAUGGUGGUCAACGCCCAUUGCCGUGGAAAGAAAUAGACUGUUCCACAGCUCAUUCCUGCCUUUUUUGCUACACCCUUUACUUUCCAAUCGAAUUGUGCGAGUGCAGUUUUGUGUAUGUAAUACAUUUUUAAAUAGGAAAGGUGUCCUAUUUAGGGUACUUACCUGCCAUUCUCUCACACAACAUACGGAUGUAAUCGAUUAGUUUGAUCAAUAGAUCAUUGUUAACGUUAUUGCAGGCUUACAUUACAUUGGUUUAGUCACAUUUACAGUGUUUCGAUUUUGUGUUUAUAAUGUACAGGUACGUGUUGAUUGUGUAGCCAGGCUUCACAAUGGUAAAUUUAAGUAAGCUUUACUUCAUCGCAUUUGGAUUUUGAGUAACGUCGUGUCCAAAGGAAGUGAUGCCCAUCUCACAGGGGCGACAUUUGGAUUGAAUAAUACUGUAUGUCAACAAAUGUUCUAUUAUGUUAUAUUUCUUGUACUUCAACUUCAUUUGUGCCGUUUGCUUUGGUCAUCGUGUACAUUGGCAAUCAUGCUAAAAAAAAAAUCCAAAACACAUUAGCAGUUUCUCCCUCUAGAUGGCACCAUGUGCUCAGUGACAAAAUGCCAACGUGGUGUUCUGGAGGACUGGCUGCACCCUCUUACAUAAAAAGAACAAAAUAAACAUACACCUUCCCUUCAUCAAAAAGAUUUCUGAAAUCUUGCAGCAAACCAAACAAUGGAAAGCACAAAGCUAGUAAUUACAUCUUUUAUUUCAGUAAAAUAAAUAAGGAAAAUUGACAGCUGAAUAUUGAAAUGAACCGCAAUGAUAUCAUGCAUGUCUGUUAUGUCUUUUCAGUCACCACAAAGCACCUGCAGGGAAAUACACUGGUACAAAUGUAAAAAAUAAUAGCCGCGCCGCUUUAAAUAGCAGCUUUUCUGCUGAACACAGGAAGUUGAAUGUUGAGAGGAUAUGUAUUCGAUUCUGAAUCAUUAAUCAAACUUGGCCUCCUUUUCCCUUGUAUGAAAAAAAGAUAACUGAUAAUCAUGUUAAAAUUACAAAUUGUGCUGUCAUUUUAGAUGCAUCGAAUGCAACAAUCUCACACAGGGGACAAAAAUUGUGCUCUUCAUCUAAUAUGGAGUUGUAGCACAUCUGAUCAAAAAAGAAGGGGUCGGAUCAUUACCACAAAAUAAAUAAAUAAAUAAAUAACGUGUAAUAUUGCUUCCGUUAUGUCAACAUAUUCACAUUAUUAUUUAGUCCUUAUCGUAACACUUACGGACUUUGGGUGGUGAUCUUUAUAAAAGGAAAAAAAACGAAAAGUGUUCUUUAAGUCAGGUGACUCAUGAAUGGUGUAGCACAAUAAAUGUUUAUGGUUUAUUCCAAACAAUCACUCCCUUUUUAAUGCGAUCCUAUUUUCAC